AUGUUUCUUCCGCUUCUUGUUGCCUCCUCCGCCUGUGCAUCCACCUCCACCGGCUUCUUCUCCGGCUCCGGCUGCUCCUUCCGAGAUGCUUCUCCCGUUCCACACCACCACACUACCAGGGGUGUGAGCAAGGCGGGGUUGCGGUGUGGAUCGAGUCCCCUCCUCCUGCGCUCCGUAUCGACAUCUUCUCCGUUUCCUCGUUAUUUCCGAGAAGCGGUCACCGGCGGCGGCGGCAACGCCAGAACCGUCGUUGCAGCAGCAGCAGCUGACAGCUCCUACAGCUUAUCAACAAACGAUAUACGAUGCGUGGUCAUGGACAUCGAGGGCACCACCACCCCCAUCUCCUUCGUCGCCGACGUGCUUUUCCCCUACGCAUGUGCCAACGCCCGCGCCCACCUCGCCGCCACAUACCACACCCAGCAGACCCGGGAAGACAUCGCCCUCCUCCGCGCACAAAUCGACAAGGACCUGGCCGAGGGGGUCCCCGGCGCCGUCCCACUCCCACAGCCCGACGACACCGACCAAGACAAGACCAUCGACGCGCUGGUGGCCAACGUGCAGGCCAUGAUCGACGCGGACCGGAAGCUCACGGCGCUCAAGCAGCUGCAGGGCCGCGUGUGGCGGCGGGGCUUCGAGAGCGGUGAGAUCAAGGGGGAAGUCUACGACGACGUCGUCCAAGCUCUCGCGGAGUGGGACCGCAAAGGGGUUAAGAGCUACAUCUACUCCAGCGGGAGCAGGGAGGCGCAGCGGCUCAUCUUCGGCAACACCGCCGCCCACGGCGACCUCCGGCGGUAUCUCUCCGCCUUCUUCGACACCAACGUCGGAGGCAAGAAAGAGUCUCGCAGUUACUACGAGAUCUGGCAGACCCUCGGCGUCGACAGCCCGUCCCAGAUACUCUUCCUGACCGAUGUCCACCAGGAAGCCACCGCCGCAAGGGAUGCAGGUCUUGAGGUGCUAAUAUCGAUCAGGCCUGGAAACGCGCCGCUUCCUGAGGAUCACGGCUUCCAGACCAUCACGUCGUUUGCUCAAAUCGCCACCUGA